CAACCCCCACUACCUCCAUGGCAUCUAGACUUGCCAUCAACGCUCUUAGGGCAUCUGUGCGCCCUCAGGCGACCUCUGCUGUUCCUCGGGUCCUCACCCGUGGUAUGGCAAGCUCCCCCAACCAACAACCGCCCGCUGAGCGUGCCUCCGAGCUCAUCAACAAGCUCCCUUCUUCCCCUGGUCUCAUCACCAAGACCGGCUCUGCCAUCCUCGGUACUGGCCUUCUCGCCACCGCAAUUUCCCAGGAGCUCUAUGUCAUGAACGAAGAGACUGUCAUUCUUGCUGGUUUCGUGGUGCUGGUUACCUUCAUUGCCCGUAGCAUGCGCGAGCCGUACAAGGAGUGGGCAGAGGGUCACAUCAAUCGCGUCAGGGACGGUCUCUACAGCGCCCGCGCUGAGCACACUCAAGCUGUCAAGGAUCGUAUCGCGAACGUUGAGAAGAUGAAAGAUGUCGUCGAGGUCACCGAGGGCCUCUUUGCCAUGGCCAAGGAUACUGCUCAGCUCGAGUCCGAUAUCUUUGUCCAGCGUCAGAAGGUUGCCCUCGCUGCUGAGGUCAAGUCUGUCCUCGACAGCUGGGUCCGCUAUGAACAGCAACAGAAGGAGUCUGAGCAGGCUGAACUCGCCAAGACCGUCAUUGAGAACGUGCUCAAGAGCAUCCGUGACGAGAAGACUCAGCGCGACAUCCUUGCUGGCGCCGUUGCUGAAGUUGAACAGCUCGUCAAGAGCAAGGCAAUUUAAAGUGCUACAUUCCUUGCUAUGUUCACUCUUUAGACAGGACCUUAUGUGAAUUCGCAACAUGCUUUCACUAGAUGUCGUCUUCGUGAGGUGAAAAAUAUACGUUCCUUGCGUUCAACCUGGCCAUUUAGGUCCAUCA